GUUGAAGACUUGUUCUCUCAUAUUAGCUCUGGCAUUAAGAUUAUUUAUUUUUUUUAUUCAAGCAGAAGCACAGCAAAACCACUUGGGGUAAUUUCUGGCGCCCAGGAUGCGAAUUCCGUUUCAAGCGCAAUCUACGAAGAAAUCUUGGAGUCUGUUAUAGACCCUUUGACCAAAGUUUAUGUCUUUGCAGAGGAUGCUACUGACAGACUCGCUGUCAUCUUCGACAAAAUGGCCAAGGAAUUAUUUUAUAUCUCUGAGGACUUCCUGGUUCUUGUCAUUAGACUCCUGCACAUUCUUGUAACUCUGGACGGCUUAAAAAACCUGAAGAGUAAUUUAUUGGUGGACUUUUCUCUGUACAAACGUUUAAAACCGACCCAGAACGUCUCCGAGUUGGGUUUUCAGCAAAAGUUUCAAGUUUGGCUAGCCAAAAGUUUCUGCAUAGUAGAAACACUUAAAAAGAAGCUGGAGUAUAUCAGUGGGUUGGAAAACGUCGUCUUUCUUCUUGUGGAUUUCUGCUUGGAAUCUCUGGAAACCACUCGUUUCAUCGCUCCUGUUGAAAAAUACUCACUACUUACUGCUCUCUGUUUAUCCCUUUUCUUGACGGACAGCGAAAACCCAGAGAAGACUAAUGUUUUCAAGCACAAGGGUAUCAACAUAGCGAAGGUGGCUAAAGUUGUUAGAGGACACGCCUCCGUGCCAGUAAUCGGUGACAUGUGGGUUGACCUUCUAUUGUUUUUCGAACUGUGUCCAAACUUCCGAUCUUCUGCACCGCAGGAGCUGUUAGUGAAAGGGCUUAAGACGCCUCUCCCGUUGUCACAGAGCCUCAUCCAGAUAAGGCAGGAUCUUGAGCAGUCGAUGGCGCUCUACCAAGUGGCGAUCUCGUCGCUGCGGCGUGGCCAGGAGAGCCAGAGUGUCCAGAGUGGAGUGCUGCAAGCGUUGAAGUUUAUGACUAAGCUAAACUGUCUCUUGCAAGAAUCGUUGUUAUGGAAGCUGAGGCAUCCGCGCAAAGAUCUGGGCGUUGCAGAUUAUGUAGACGAGUAUGCUAAAGCCAUUCAGUUCAACUUUUCCUGCGACGACAAAGAUGCGUUCGUGGAGCUCACUUUCCUCUUAAAAUCUAUUCUGGCUAAACUCUCAGAAGAACAUGACCUUUACAAAAAUGCUCUCACAUUUUCAAUCCAAAAGGAGAUCGAGUACUUGGUUAAGGAGUUUGUAAGCGAGUCCCUUACUUUAGUGCAUGUGCAACAAGACAGACCUAUAAGAGCUGCUCUGGAAGCUGUUCUCAAGCUAUUUGAAAACUUCACCCAUGGAACGGAUUUUCGCGGCUAUUCUUUUUUUCCAACGCGCACUAAAAUCUACCUCUCGAGAAUUCUUCUUGGACCCGUCCUCAAGCGCUCCAAGUUUACUCAUGGGAAGUCUGGCCUUUUCACUACCGAGCAGUUGCAGACUCUCGAAGUGUUCAUGAUCGAUUCCUUCUAUUACUCGUGCUUACUAAAUCUACGAGAGACCCUAUUGGCUUGCAGUGACUGCUCAUACUUUUGGUUUCGCGAGUACCACUUGUCUCUUAGCGGCGGGGAUGUCUCUCAGGUUUCACUGGACAAGUCGCUUCCAUGGAUACUUGUUUCUCAUUCGCUGAAAAGACAGAGUUCUACAGCCAUCGAGGAUGUUUUUACUGCCAUGGAGCUCUACAACGACGCUGCUGAGUUUUGUCUGCAGCAUCUCAAGUGCGACUAUUUGUUUGAGGAGCUUAAAGCGGAAGCCAACUUAGCACUGAAGUUGCUGGUGUUCAAGUUGUCUUGGAAGUUGCUUAACUCUUUCAGGAAGGCAGCCUCCAGGUGGAUCGGGUUUCUUGCUGCUUCGGCGACGACGUUCUUACUCUUUGCCAUGUCAAGUAUGCUCCUUGAUAAAAGAGGGGAGGCUCAAGCUCUGCAGGCCCAUUCGUCCUCCCAACCAGAGUUUUUCGGAGAAAGAUGGAUUCAUGUGCUUUGCGAGCAGAACUUCUGUAUUCUGGGAGACGAUAUCAAUGUUGUUCUUCUAGUAAGCGAAGGCAUCCGGCUGCAGGUGCUGCACUCUCUUGAGCUUUCUUUCGAACAUUUUGAGAACAGCGACCUUCUCAGUGGCCUCCUUACCUUUGAGUUCACUUUGAAGCACAUUCGCCUAACAUAUUCUCUGUUAAAGAACCACUUGGAGUUACAGCCCUUUGAACAACUGCUUAGCCAAGUGGACGGCGCCAUCGUAGCGGACAUCUUUUCCUCUCGAGUCCUCCAGCAUCUCUUUUAUGCGCUCGCCGCCGAUCUUUUUUGCAACUACUGUUAUUACUCGGAGCCCUUACGCUUUACUAAGAGCCAUCUUCUCUAUUCCCGGCCCCUGGACACCAGAUCCUAUUCCAUUCAGCGAAUACUUGGAGGGAAGCUGUACGAGACUUCCUUGCACUUCAUGCUAGAGACUCAAUCGAUCUCAUAUCGGCACUUCCACUCACUGGUGCACCUCUUGGAUUGGACUAAAGGAAGCGCGAGCAAACUUGUUGAAAGUAUAUUGGAGAACAUUCGUUUUUUGAUUUUGGAAUUAUCGAAAGAAGCGGGAGAACUUAUGAAGAAACUUCCUACCAACGUCAAGUUACCGACGUAUGAGCUCGGCUCCAUGGGCGCUUUCAUGCUUUUUUAUUUAUCACUGCGACCCGUUUUGGACAACCAGCGCGUCCGGCGUGUCGUGCUACAUCUCCUUAGACAACUCGGAAACUCGCUUGUCUUUCUGUUCCUCUUCGACCAGAAUCUGUGUCACACGCGCUUUGCCGAAGCUCUAUUGUCGCCCUCGACCGAACUGCAUGGGGCCUUAGCAGCAGCAUUUGCGGGAGUGGAGCAGACUCGGCAGCUAAAUGCAUUAACCGACGUGCUGAAGCACCGUAAAAAGGGCACCAUCUUCGUAACGAUCCUUCAACGUGUCCAGAAAAUGGUUGUAGAGGAGACGAACUGGAAGUCUCCGUACCCCCAGAACGGGAUUAUCAACGUGGACGGAAGGAUUCCAGAGUUUCAUCACUUGUGGUCGGCACUCCAGUUUGGCUUGUGCAGCUUCUUGUUUGAGUUUAAAAACCUGAAUGACGAUCUUGUGUAUGGCCACGGACUGCAAUGGGGAGGAAUGGCGAUCGUGCGAUUUCUUGAACAGCAGUAUCGGUUCGAUGCUUUCGACAUUGCUUAUUAUAUAUUAAAAAUAAACGAAUGCGACAACUCCAUGGAAACUCUAAACGAAGUGGAUUUGCCCAAGUUCAUUAGAAAUGUUGAAAUCGUGAAAGCUCGUAACGACUAUAUUUUGGAUGUCCUUAACGUGUAUAUGGGCCCAAGUCACGGUUGCCAGGUUAUUCAUCCGCUAGAAGUUCUACCGGACGGUACGGUCCGUCUGAUACCGCCCUCAACGGAGAAUGCAGGAAUCGCCACCCCCCUACCGGAGGCUAAAAAAAUCGAAGGAAAUUGAUGAUUCCAAAUGUUUUCUUUUUUUUUUUUUUAA